UUGUUGUUGGGUGAAGAGAAGCUCCGGGCAGCCGCUGAGCUCUGCCGCUUCUAACCGCUUCUAAACGGCCGUACUGAGCAGCUAAAUUACAACCGAUUAAAGUAAAAUACCGGCUCCGUCGCGCUGGAUAUCUGUCGGUUACUUCUCAAGUUUAACUCGGUUGAGCAGCGCGAGCAGCGGCCGUUGGACGAGCGGACUGAAAAUGUGGAUUUAACUGCAGCUUCGCUCCGCAGGGCCGCGCCGCCAUUGCUGCUGUUUUUACAAGCUGAAUUCGUGAAAAUACCUUUGGGUCUUUGCGGCUUCGAGAUGAAGAAGAAAAGUCGACAUCACCGACCCGCGGUGCUGAAGAGAGAUUCGUCGCCCAUCAAGCCGUCGCCCAACCGGGAGACGCUGACGUACGCGCAGGCCCAGCGGAUCGUGGAGCUGGAGGUGGACGGCCGCGUGCACCGGCUCAGCAUCUACGACAAGCUGGACGUCAUCGGCGACGAUGACCCCACGGCGCAGGAGAUCACGGAGUGCAACAGCAACAAGGAGAACAACGAGAAGCCCCAGCAGGUCCUGGUGCGCUCCGUGCGCCUCAAAAACAACCAGCAGAAGAAGAACGCCGCGCUCAUGGCCACGCACGGCAGCACCGGCGGCCUGUUGGAGCCAAAGGUCAGAACGGUUGAGUACAACCUGCCGGUGGUGCCCAAGAGGCCGGCGGCGUAUUACAAAUACACGGAGAGGACAGCGGAGGAGCUGGACGAGGAGGUGGAGUACGACAUGGACGAGGAGGACUACGCCUGGCUGGAGCUCAUCAACGAGAAGAGGAAGAGCGAGGGCGUCAGCCAGGUGUCGUUCAACCUGUUCGAGUUCCUCAUGGACCGCUUCGAGAAGGAGUCGUACGAGGUCACGCAGGGCCAGAGCGACCUGCAGUCGCUGGUGGACGAGGACGCCGUGUGCUGCGUCUGCAUGGACGGAGACGGAGCCGACAGCAACGUCAUCCUCUUCUGCGACGCCUGCAACAUCGCCGUGCACCAGGAGUGCUACGGCGUGCCGUACGUCCCCGAGGGCCAGUGGCUGUGCCGCCACUGCCUGCAGUGUCCGUCGCAGCCCGCCGAGUGCGUCUUCUGCCCCAACCGAGGUGGAGCUCUGAAGAAGACGGACGACGACCGCUGGGGCCACGUGGCGUGCGCCCUGUGGGUGCCCGAGGUCGGCUUUUCCGACACAGUCUUCAUCGAGCCCAUCGACGGCGUGCGCAACAUCCCGCCGGCGCGCUGGAAGCUCACCUGCUACCUGUGCAAAGAGAAGGGCUCCGGCGCGUGCAUCCAGUGCGACAAGAUCAACUGCUACACCGCCUUCCACGUCAGCUGCGCCCAGAGGGCCGGCCUUUACAUGAAGAUGGAACCCGUCAAGGAUGUGACGCCGUUUGGCGGCUCCUCCUCCUUCUCCGUGAAGAAGACCGCGUACUGCUGCAGCCACACACCCGAGGGCUGCGACCGCCGGUCGCUCGGCAUCUACGACGAGCCCCAUGCAAAGAACGGAGCCUGCCACAAGAGGGCCGACAAGAGGGGGAAGUCCCGGGCCAAGGGCUGGGCCAAGAAGAAGAGCAAGAGAGGCGAGCCGGAACCAGAGCCCGAGACCCCCACCAACUCUGGGCCCAGUAUCACCGCUUCAAGCUUCGACACCAUCCUGAACCAGGUGGCGGUCCAGAGGAAGCGGGUGUUCGUGGAGCGGGUGCUGAGCUACUGGGUGCAGAAGAGGCAGUCGAGGAACAACGUGCCGUUGAUCCGCCGGCUGCAGGCCAACCCUCAGCCGCCCAAAGUCAAGCAGAUGGACCGCGUGGAGACGAACCAGGCGCUGAAGGAGCAGCUGAAGGAGUGGCACCGCCUCCGCCACGACCUGGAGAGAGCUCGCCUGCUGCUGGAGCUCAUCAGGAAGAGAGAGAAGCUGAAGAGGGAGGAGAUGAAGCUGCAGCAGUCGGCGCUGGAGGUCCAGCUGACCCCCUUCAACAUCCUGCUGCGGGCUGUGCUCAGUCAGCUGCAGGAAAAGGACCAGUACAGUAUCUUCGCUCAGCCCGUCAACAGCAACGAGGUUCCCGACUACCUGGACCACAUCAAGGACCCCAUGGACUUCUCAACCAUGAGGAAGCGCAUCGACGGCCACGUCUACAGGAGCCUGGAGGAGUUCGAGGCCGACUUCGACCUCAUCAUCUUCAACUGCAUGAAGUACAACGCCAAGGACACGUUCUUCCACAGGGCCGCCCAGAGGAUGCAGGACCACGGAGGAGCCAUCCUCCGCAGGGCCCGCAGAGAGGCCGAGAGGAUCGGCUUCGACUUCCCCAGCGGGUUGCAUCUGCCCGAGGUCCCGAAACUGGAGACGCCUCCCGCCUUCUCCUGGGAGGACGUGGACCGGCUGCUGAGCCCCGCCUACCGUCAGCUGACCCCUCUGGAGGACCAGCUGAGAGAGCUGCUGGAGAAGCUGGACCUGAGCACGGCCAUGAAGAACAGCCCGUCACGCAGCAAGAGGCUCAAACUGUUGAAGAAGACCAUCACGGAGGUCCGCAGCGAGAUGAGCCUGAAGAAGUCCCUCCGGAAGCCCCCGCCCCCAGAGCCCAGUGGGACCCCCACGGAGGCAGAGGAGAAACCACUACCUGAACCCCCGGCAGAGCCUUGCACGCCACAGCAGGAGAACCCUCUGCCCCCGGACACGUUAGAGCUGGUGACCUUACUGUCGCGGAUCGAGGCCUCACCCGACCCGAAGCCGCCGCCCCCUUUGAAGGCCUCCAAACCCAGCACGGAUCGCUCUCCCUCGGAGCUCGACGACACAUCUACCUCAGUGCCCACGGACGCACCUAACGGGCACGCCCCGUACCCGCCGCUCCCCAACGGCGUCAUCCACGCUGACGCCCCCAGCACGGGCAACCGGCGCAACAACGUCCUCUUCCGCAAGUCCAAGAGCGCCAGCCCCCAGAAACCACUCAAGAGCCACGAGGCGUCCGCUGUGACGCCGCCUUCCUUGGGUGCCAAAACCUUCCUGUCGGUGGUGAUCCCUCGACUGGAGACGCUCCUCCUGCCGAAGAAAAGACGACACAGCAGCAGCGCCGACGGCGAGGAGGAGGACGAGGAGUCGCCGAUAAAACGCCUCGGCACAGGAAUAGCAAACGGUUUCGUGGUGGAGGAGGAGGAAAUCUCACCAUCUCCCCGCCUGCUGGAGCCUCGUCGCCGCUGUGCCUCCGAGUCGAGCAUCUCCUCCAGCGGGAGCGUCCUCUGCGGCACGAGCACCGUCAUCGUUUCUAAAAGCGGUAAAGGACGGUCGCCGGCGGCUCGGCGGAGCACCGUGGACGACAAGAGCACCCUGGGGACCUGCAUCGAGAAUGGAGAGUUCGCCAAAGCCGCCAAGAUCUCGUCAGAGGUGUGGAAGCCCUCCGCCGCUCCUCCAUUUGUUCUGGAGCCUCUUAAACUAGUUUGGGCUAAAUGUAGUGGAUAUCCCUCCUACCCCGCCCUGAUCGUGGAACCCAGAGCGCGGAGGACGGGGGGUCAGCACAAAGGGGCGGAGCUUCCCCAGCCGCCGUCGCCACCACCGGUCGUUCUCAGAGCCGGAGAGCGGAUGCAGUUCAGGUCCGCAGAGAAACUCUUCCUCGUCCACUUCUUCGACAGCAAGCGCAGCUGGCAAUGGCUUCCUAGAUCCAAGAUGGCUCCCUUCGGUGUCAACCGGGCGCUCGACAAAAUCAAGCUGGCGGAGGCUCGCUCCUCCUGCAUCCGAAAAGCUGUGCGGCUCGCCUUCGAGCGAGCCAUGAACCACCGGAACCGCGUCGGCAGCGAGGCCGGCGCCUCGGACUGAACACACACACACACACACACACACACACACACACACACACACACACACACACACCACCUCUGAAAUCCUCCCAUCAUCCCUCUCUCCUGUUUCAGCCUUCUGUUUUGAACACAGUCACAAGCAGAGACGCUCAUACGCACAAAUAACCCACACAUACAUGUUUACCAUUUCCUGUGAACUGGAACCCCCCCCCCCCUCCAAAAUACUGUAGCUGGUGACGUCCAUCUUUGUUUUUGUCAAAGAGCUAUGCAACGACAACGACUCAGUUAGCGGGUGCAAAACGUUGAGAGAAAAUAAACCCCUGGGCUGUGAGAACUGAAAAUCACAGGUCUGAACCUGUUGAAUGUGUCGGAUUUGACCUCUGACCUCCUUAAAAAAAAAAAAAUGUGCUGCAAGACUGCUGCAACAAUCUCACUGCCAUGAAAAUGUCCGUGUGCGUGUGUGCGUGUGUGUGUGUGUGUGCGUGCGUGUCUGUGUGACUGACUGCAGCAGCUCCUGUAAAUAUCCUGUACAAGGCCCGACACUAAUUUAUUCACUCCCUCGGUUUGUUCUGGUACUCGGUGUUCAGAUAUUUAUACAGUCGGAGGUGAUGACCCCCCCGACGCGUUUCUGCUGGUGCUAUCUCUACACAGAGACGAUACAGACAUGCAUACUGUAAUGAACAUUUAUAUUUCUGCUCAUUUUUUUAAACGGUUUUGUAAGUUAUUGAGUUCUCAAGCUUCAAGUUCUUUCGUCUUUGGCAUUAAUUGAUUUUGUCUCUUUUUUUUUUUUUUUACCUGAAUGUUUUUACUGGACUGUUUCUUUCUCUUUUUUUUGGUUUGUACAUAUUUAUAUAAAAUCUAUAUAGAUGCUCUCAAAGUUUAAAAUGCCUGAAGUGCAUCAUUCACACCGAAACCAAAAAAAAAGAAAUCUGCUGCCCACAAGUUUCCCACUACUGUUUAUUUUCCAGUUUGUUUGUCAGCCUUUCUGUUCGUGUGCUGUGAUGAGUUCAAGUCUGUUUGUCAUCACAGAAUCAUCUUUUCCACCUGAACUGAGCUACAGUCGGCUGUAGGAGGACAGAGAAUGUGCCUGUACUAAUUUAUUGUAAAGCAGAAGAUGUAUAUGCGUUACUUUAUAGAGAGAGUAUUGUAAGAAAAUACUACGGGCACACAGGGAGCCAUAUGUAGAGGCCCCUCCUCUUCUUCUGGGGUUUUUAUUUUUGGGGAUUUUAGCAUUAAA